GUUCUCAAAGAUGGUUUUGUAGCUCCUCUCAUCAUAAAAUAUCUACUGCGAGCUGUUUUAGGGCAUAAAUUAGAACUGGAAUACCCACCGACAUUUACACGACUCAGAGCCGAAAGUUCCAUCACUAAUAAUAGUUACUGUUGGCUUAUAUUCACUUCAUCACGUGCUGCACGCUUGUUCCUUGUUGAGCCAUCUUCGGUAAAGGUGGAAGAGGUUGAUUCAAUCGGUGACAUAUAUCCCGGUUUGGAUCUCGGCGAUCUUCCAGGAUCUGCAAUUAGAUCUUGUUGCAUGCAAACUUCCAAAUAUCGAUGGUCAGUGCUGGGUUUUGAUACCGGCUAUGUCAUCGUGACAACAUUCUCUCUGCAGACCAAUUAUAUUAUUGAUAGGAUGAAAUUGAAAUUUUCUGGUGCAAUAUCGGUACUGCAAUUACUGAGAUUGGAUGGUCGUGAUGAUAAGAUUCUGAUUCUGAUCUCAUCCACGUUGGGUCCUGCGGCUGUGUGGAGUUUAGCGAUGUCGGCGGAUAAGAGUCACUUCGAGUGGAAACGUUUGUCGGUGCUUGAUGAGACGAAGGGUCACGAUACAGUCGUUUGCUCGACGGCCACGCAAAGCAUGGUCGCUAUCGCCACCUAUGAUGGUGUAAGAAAUUAUCUGCUCACUGAAGAACCAAUCAUUCGUUCAUCGUCACAAAUCGAGAAUCCCGCACCGGCGAUGUCGCUGAAAUUUCUUGACGAAGAAUAUUUGACUGUCUUAUCAACGAGCGGAUUACAUCUUCUGGCCGCUCUCCACACUCCAUCAUCGAGUGUUUUUACGGAUGAUUGA